AUCCGCAGAGUAGCCUCUCCUUCUCUCUCUCUCUUCGGGAAGAUCGCUUCCUCCUUCUCCCUUUCCUCCCCCUCCUCUUUGGCUUGGUUGGGCUCGGGUCCCCUUCUCCCCGCCACGAUGAGCACUUUCGGCUACGAGACCUACUUCCCGGCGUACAAGCGCCGCUUCGCCGACGGCUCCAGCCGGGUCCAGCUGUCGGGGCUCCGGAGCAGCAGCGGCGGCGGCGGAGGUUACGGCGUGGCCCGCUCCACCUACUCCAGCCUCUCGGCCCCGAUCUCCUCGGUGUCGGUGCGCCGGAGCUACGCGGCUUCCUCCUCCUCCUCCUCCUCGCUGCUGCUGCCGCCGUCGGUGGAGAGCUUAGACCUGAGCCAAGUGGCCGCUUUAAGCAACGACCUCAAGACCAUCCGGAGCCAGGAGAAAGCCCAGCUCCAGGACCUGAACGACCGCUUCGCUUGCUUCAUUGAACGCGUCCAUGAACUGGAGCAGCAGAACAAGGUGCUGGAGGCGGAGCUGAUGGUGCUGCGGCAGAAGCAUUCGGAGCCGUCGAGGUUCCGCGCUCUCUACGAACAAGAGAUCCGGGAGCUGCGCUUGGCCACCGAGGAAGCCAGCCAGGAGAAGCAGGCGCUGCAGGGCGAGCGGGAGAGCCUGGAGGAGAGCCUUCGGGCGCUGCAGGCCCGCUACGAGGAGGAGAUGCUCAGCCGCGAGGAGGCCGAGGCCCGGCUGCUGGAGGUCCGCAAAGGCGCCGACGAGGCGGCGCUGGCCCGGGCCGAGCUGGAGAAGCGGAUCGACAGCCUGCUGGACGAGCUGGCCUUCCUGAAGAAGCUGCACGAGGAGGAGCUGGCCGAGCUGCAGGCCCAGAUCCAGUACGCCCACCUCUCGGUCGAGAUGGAGGUGGCCCACAAGCCCGACCUCUCCUCGGCCCUCCGAGACAUCCGCGCCCAGUACGAGAAGCUGGCCGCCCGCAACAUGCACCACGCCGAGGAGUGGUUCCGCAGCCGGGUCUCGGUGCUCAGCGAGAGCGCCGCCAAGCACACCGACGCCGUCCGCGCCGCCAAGGACGAGGCCUCCGAGAGCCGGCGCCUCCUCAAAGCCAAGAGCCUGGAGAUCGAGGCCACGCGCGGCAUCAACGAGGCCCUCGAGAAGCAGCUCCAGGAGCUGGAGGACAAGCAGAGCGCCGACCUGGCCGCCCUCCAG